AUGUUCAACCCUGACGUCGACAUCCCAUCGCUUGAAGGGAAGGUCAUACUCAUUACCGGAGGCAACACUGGACUGGGCAAGGAAACUGUUCUGCAACUCGCGAAGCACAACCCCAAAGAGAUCUUCCUCGCCGCAAGGACGCCAUCCAAGGCCCACGCUGCAAUCGAGGAGAUCAAAAACGCUGUACCAAGUGGCAACGUGAGCUUCAUUCAGCUGGAUCUCACAUCGCUCCAAUCGGUCAAAGAGGCAGCCGAAGAUUUCCACAAGAGGAGCGAUCGUUUAGAUCUGCUGAUCAACAACGCCGGCAUCAUGGCAGUUCCGUGGAGCAAGACCAAGGAGGGAUAUGAGAUCCAGUUCGGCACAAAUCACGUCGGUCACGCUUUACUCACCAAGCUGCUGCUUUCCACUCUGUUGAAAACGGCAGAGCAGCCGGGUGCCGAUGUCCGUGUCAUCAAUCUCAGCUCUGAAGGCCAUAACAUGGCUCCAGGAAUCAUCUAUGACCAGGACAAGCUUGAAACGUACAACACAUGGCGUCGGUACGGCCAAUCGAAGUUGGCCAACAUUUACCACGCUCGCGAGCUGCAGAGGCGUUACCCAUCGAUCACGGCGACCUCGAUCCAUCCGGGUGUGAUUAUCACAGACCUUUAUGCUUCGCAGCAGAAGACAAACAUCGUCAUGAAGAUGUUCCUCCCGAUCAUGAAGAUGGCCACCUUGGACGUCCCGGGCGGAGCGAAGAACACCUUGUGGGCCGCGACGACUCCGGACAAGGCCACAGUCAGAGAGUCUCAUUACUGGAAGCCAGUGGGAAGCAAGAGUGGAGGCAGUUUCUGGUAUGCUCAGAAGACCGAACCCGCCAAGGAACUGUGGGAGUGGACGGAAGAGCAGCUCAAGAAGAAUGGAUACUAG